AUGAGUACAAAAUCUACGGACUCUAAUGAAGAGAUUACAGCUGGUAUUCGACCAACAUCAAUUUUGAGUCCCGAAUGGAAUCAACAAACGCUUUUUGAUGCUCGAAAUCUUUUUCACACUCAAUUUUCAAAUGAUGCAUGGCAACAACUCCAUGAACCACAAUCAGGAAAAAUUCAUAAACCUCCUGUCUAUCCCAAUCAUGUUCUUCAUCCGGAAGUUAUUCCAUCACUCAAUGACGUUUCUUCUGAACUUAGUAGACGUAGUAAUGUUCAUCUUAGUGAUUCAUUAGCACUUGAAACAUUAGAAACCGAAAUGCCAAUGGAAAUAGCUAGUCGAUUCCAUGAUGAACUUCAACGUGCUGUAAAAAAUCGAGCGGCUCAUGAUCGAAAUACUGGUCAAGAAUCUGUCGUUGAUUUAACGACAAAUUUUCAGAAUGCAUUCAGACCGACCAAAAGUCCUGAACCAACAGAUGAAAUGAAUAGUGCAUGUGAAUAUCAUCAUCAACAGUCAUUUUUGACAAGCUCAUUAAGCCAUGAUAAAACAAGUCUGAAUGAAGCAUUUCAACGAAUAAAAAUAGCUGGUGAUUUUCAUGACAUGUCGCAUAUUGAAGAUUUGGAAGAUUCUGUUGCUCCAUUACUUCGUGCAUUAGUUAUUCGUGAAAAAUAUAUGUUUUUCAGUCUACAAUCAUUUCCGCCUAAAGUUGCGAAUUUUCUAAGUAAAACAUUAGAAUCAGAAGAUCAAUCUCGUCGUACAUCAUUCAGUGUUAAUCGACCAACUACUGGAGAACCUGAGCUGUAUCGUCCAUCAGUUAUUAAACGUGAAGAUGCAUUCAACAUUCCAUUGCUACCAUCGAUUGAUAUUUGUGUUAAGCCGCAAAAGGGUAUUUAUUGUGUAUAUAUGCUUGAUGAAAAAAAAGAAUGGAUACCUUCUGAUUAUCAAUCUGUUGAUCGUGAUGAGUUCAUGGAAGAUUAUACACUCCUAUCGAGAAUGAUUAUGGAUGGUCCAUUGAAAUCUUUUUGUUAUCGUCGUUUACAAUAUCUAAAAGCUAAAUUUGAAUUACAUGGUCUACUUAAUGAAGUUAAAGAAUGGACAGCGAUUCGAUCAACUCCACAUAGAGAUUUUUAUAAUGUUAGAAAAGUUGAUACACAUAUUCAUGCAGCAUCAUCAAUGAAUCAAAAACAUUUAUUACGAUUUAUGAAGAAAAAAAUGAAAACAUCAGGUGCGAUGCAAGUCUAUAAAACCAAGGAUGGAAGAAUUAUGACAUUGAAAGAAGUAUUUGAUGAAUUAAAAAUUACAGCUUAUGAUUUAAGUGUCGAUAUACUUGGUGUUCAUGCCGACCGAAAUACUUUUCAACGUUUUGAUCGGUUUAAUGCAAAAUACAAUCCUAUUGGUCAAAGUACAUUACGAGAAAUCUUCCUUAAAACUGAUAAUUUUGUUGAUGGUGUAUUUUUUGCUGAUCUAUUAAAAGAAGUUAUCUUUGAUUUAGAAGAGAGUAAAUAUCAACAUGCUGAACCUCGUCUAUCAAUCUACGGUAAAAGUAUUGAUGAAUGGGAUAAAUUAGCUAAAUGGUGCGUUAGAAAUACAAUGUAUUCGGCUAAUAUUGUUUGGAUGGUACAAAUACCUCGUCUUUACGAUGUUUAUUAUGCAAAUGGGAUAACAAAAAAUUUUCAAGAAUUUUUAGCAAAUUUAUUUCAACCAUUAUUUGAAGCUACGAUUGAUCCUGCAUCACAUCCAGAUUUAUUUCGUUUUAUGUAUCAUCUAACUGGCUUUGAUUCAGUUGAUGAUGAAACAAAACCUGAAAAACCCGUUAUUACACCUGAUAUGCCAUAUCCCGAUGAGUGGAAUACAAAAGAGAAUCCGCCUUAUGCUUAUUAUUUAUUUUAUAUGUAUGCAAAUAUUCUUACGUUGAAUCAACUUCGAAAAGAACGUGGUUUAAAUACAUAUCAAUUUCGUCCACAUUGUGGCGAAGCAGGUACUGUAUCUCAUCUUGUUACAGCAUAUAUGGUUGCGGAAAAUAUUUCUCAUGGAUUAUUGUUGCGCAAAUCGCCAGUCUUACAAUAUUUAUUUUAUUUAUGCCAAAUUGGCAUUGCUAUGUCACCAUUGAGUAAUAAUUCAUUGUUUAUUAAUUAUAAUCGUAAUCCAAUGUUGGAAUAUUUCGAACGUGGUCUUUGUGUGUCGUUGUCAACAGAUGAUCCAAUGCAAUUUCAUUUUACAAAGGAACCAUUAAUGGAAGAAUAUUCAAUAGCUGCUCAAGUAUGGAAAUUAUCAUCAGUGGAUAUGUGCGAAUUAGCACGAAAUUCUGUUUUAAUGAGUGGUUUUUCUCAUGAAGUUAAAAUGUAUUGGCUGGGUUCGAACUAUCAAGAACCUGGUGUGGUAGGUAAUGAUAUUCGUCGAACGAAUGUACCAGCAAUUCGAAUAGCUUAUCGAUAUGAAGCAUUCUGUGAAGAACUUAAUAUACUUAGUCUUGCCUAUAAGAGUCGACAGGAGGUAUCUUAUCAAUGA